AUGGACCGACGGCCUCCUGGCUUCGAUGAUGUGGCUACGGCGCAGUCAAGGCCAUCUGGUGCCGUCAGCAUCAUCGCCGUCGUUGUGGAUGCUCUCAGUCCGACCAGGACGUCAGGCUCAUCUUAUAUGUCGACCUUCACGGUCAAGGACCGCGACGUUGGCUCUGGGCCAUGGGGAGGCCUCAAGGUAAAGUACUUCCAUGAUAACAAGGAUCAUCUUCCAGACCCUGAUGUAGGCGAUGUCAUUUUGCUGCGGAAUAUCAAGUCAAGUAUUGUCAGGGGCGAGCGUAUGCAUGUGUCUCCGAACCACGAAAGCGCCGCCUGGGUUCUGUGGAAACGAGAUAACUCCAACAAGACGAAGCCUGGGUGCUUCAAGCCAACCAGAGAAGAGAGUGAGUAUGCGUCACGGUUGCUGAAAAAUAAUGGCUCUGCUCAAAAUAUCUCCCAGAGCCAGCACGGUGGAGAUGGCAAACAGCAUACCUCGAAUUCGACUCCGAGCCAGAAAAAAAAGGGUGUGCUCCCGAGCCGCAAGUUCUGCCUACUCAAGGAUGCCGAAUUUUCGAAAUUUAUAGACAUUACCGGCGAGGUUGUCAAAACGUUCAGGGAAGCUGAUGAUAGGUUCAUACUUUACGUCACUGAUUAUACCUCCAAUGAAUAUCUUUUUAAUUAUAUACAGCCAUCUAACGACAUGGACGAUGAUGACGGUCCGUAUCAAUACAUUAAAAAGGACAAGGACAAGCAAUGGCGUGGCCCCUAUGGGAGAAUGACUAUCCAUAUAACACUCUUCACCCCGCACGCUGAAUACGCUCGAGAACAUGUCAAGGAGAAGGACUAUGUUACUCUCUAUAACGUGCGCAUCAAGGCGGACAAAUUUUCUGGCCGGAUGGAAGGCGCCUUACACACCGAUCAGAAAUACCCUCACAAAAUACAAGUACAUAUUAUCAACGAUACAGAAACUGACCUGCAUUUCGUGGAGUUAGUUAAACGAAAAAUGCAGUAUUGGAAAAAAAUACGUGUAGAACUGCCCAAUAACUUCAGUGAAAAUAAUCAAUCACGAAAAGCGCCUGGCUCUGACCCUGUCAGGGACAGGAAAAGGAAGAGGCAGCAAGAGAAACGGGAGAAACUAAAGGAAGAAAAGAGGAAGAAGAAGAAAGAUUCUGAUCAGCCAGAUUUCCCUCGUCUGGUCCAGACGAAAAGGGAUGAGCUAAAUCCUCAUAGUAUGUAUUUUGCAAACCUUUCUACAUGCCUAUCAGUCGGUCAAUCUAAUGACCACGGAACAGUACGCGCAUCAAACCCUGCCAUACCUUGUCGAUUGAUCAGAGACAUUCUAGACGCCGAUACCCAUGCAUACAAGGGCUGUGAUGGUGUAGAAUUCCAGUUACCUUUCCAAAACGUCCGCUACCGCUCCUCUGUCCGCGUGGUUGACUAUUUCCCCCAUAACCUAGAAGAUUUUUCUGUUUUAUAUAAUAGAGACCUCGCCCUCCUCUCUGGCGAUACAGACGACGUAUCUGACGACAGUGACUCUGACGCCAGCCGGUGGUGGGAGUGGCGAUUCUGUCUCCUUGUUGAAGACGGCGGUCCAAACAUUCCUCCUCUCCCGCCGGGACAGACGCGUGAGCGCAUGCCGCUCUUUGUCUGGGGCUCUGAUGCAGAGUUUCUGCUACAGAUGGACGCCGUUAACCUACGUGACAACUCGGAUGCACUAGCUAAUCUCCGAGAGAAGCUAUUUGUUCUAUGGGGUGACUUGGAGGAGCGCAAAAGCGCUGAUAUAGAUGCUUUCUAUUCCGGAAAAGCAGAUACCGUCUCUACAAAACCUUUUACCUGCUGCAUUAAAGAGUACGGUGUCAAGACUGGAAACAAAGAGACCGACCCUAUUUCCCUGGGGUGGGAAAGACGUUUUCAGAUGUUCCAAACUGCCAUUUCGUGA